AGUUUUUGGUAAUUAUGGUGGGCAGAGAGGAAGACGAGUGAGGGCACACUCGUGUGGCCUGUGCGGAAGCAGCCGUGUCAAAACGAUUGGGGAGCGUUCUGCAGCAGAGCCUGCUUUUAGAGGCCAUGCCAGAGUUCUCGUGGCGGGGUUGUUGCACUCUGUUGGCCCUGCUUGAGCUGGGGUGAGGGCCUCUGAGUGCCUCCUUUGUGUCUCUCUGGUCAGAGUGGGAGAAAUCUUGUGACCGCGUGGUGGUGAUUUUUCGGCUCGCGGUUCCGCCUAGCAGUGGGUAGGCGCUAUCACAGCGGCCGCCAUUUCUGCUGGUCCCUGCCAUCGCGGAGGCUUCUGAAGCAGUAGGGUUUUGAUCCUGCCCAGAACAGUCGAGUUUUGCUCUGCAAGUAUAUAUAAAACUGGUUUUACUUUCACUACAAAGAAUAAAAGGUAAUGGAGACUGAACAACAGGAGGAGACCUUUACCAACACAGAGACGAAUGACCUGUCUACAGGCAAACGUCCUGCAGAAGAUAUGGAAGAAGAACAGGCCUUCAAAAGGUCUCGGAAUACAGAUGAGAUGGUUGAAUUGCGCAUUUUGCUUCAAAGCAAAAAUGCUGGAGCAGUGAUUGGAAAAGGUGGCAAAAAUAUUAAGGCACUUCGUACAGAUUACAAUGCCAGUGUUUCAGUCCCAGACAGCAGUGGCCCCGAGCGUAUCUUGAGUAUAAGUGCAGAUACAGAGACAAUUGGAGAAAUCUUGAAGAAGAUUAUCCCCACUUUGGAAGAGUACCAGCACUACAAAGGUAGUGACUUUGACUGUGAAUUAAGACUUCUAAUUCACCAAAGUCUAGCAGGAGGAAUUAUUGGUGUCAAGGGUGCUAAAAUCAAAGAACUCAGAGAGAACACUCAAACCACCAUUAAGCUCUUUCAAGAAUGUUGUCCUCAUUCCACUGAUAGAGUGGUGCUUAUUGGUGGAAAACCUGAUAGAGUUGUGGAAUGUAUCAAAAUUAUCUUGGAUCUUAUCUCUGAGUCUCCAAUUAAAGGACGGGCCCAGCCUUAUGAUCCAAAUUUCUAUGAUGAAACAUAUGACUAUGGUGGCUUCACAAUGAUGUUUGAUGAUAGAAGGGCACGUCCAGUAGGCUUUCCCAUGCGUGGAAGAGGAGGCUUUGAUCGAAUGCCUCCUGGUCGUGGUGGACGACCUAUGCCUCCAUCAAGAAGAGAUUAUGAUGAUAUGAGCCCUCGCAGAGGACCUCCACCACCACCACCAGGCCGUGGUGGCAGAGGUGGCAGCAGAGCUCGUAAUCUUCCUCUUCCUCCUCCACCUCCUCGUGGCGGAGAUCUUAUGUCUUAUGACCGAAGAGGUAGACCUGGAGACCGUUAUGAUGGAAUGAUGAUGCAGUGUCAUGUAGAUGCCUGUGAUGACAUGCAGCCACCAGAGUUGUUUGAGGGUGGCUCUGGAUAUGACUAUUCUUACACAGGGGGCCGUGGUUCAUAUGGAGAUCUUGGUGGACCCAUCAUCACAACACAAGUAACGAUUCCCAAAGAUUUGGCAGGUUCUAUUAUUGGAAAGGGAGGCCAGAGAAUCAAACAAAUCCGUCAUGAGUCAGGAGCUUCAAUCAAAAUCGAUGAACCACUAGAAGGCUCAGAAGAUCGAAUAAUAACUAUUACAGGAACGCAGGACCAGAUACAAAAUGCUCAGUAUUUACUGCAGAACAGUGUGAAGCAGUAUGCAGAUGUUGAAGGAUUCUAAUGCAAGAUUAUUUUUUCUUUUUUAUAGUGUGAAGCAGUAUUCUGGAAAGUUUUUCUAAGACUAGUGAAGAACUGAAGGAGUCCUGCAUCUUUUUUUUUUUUUUUUUUUUAAUACCUGCUUCUGUUUAAAUAGCCAACAUUGCUUCAUAGGUGUUCUGCAUUUGAGGUGUAGUGGAAUCUGCUUUUCACCAGAUAUAAUGUUUUAGUUAAUUACAAAUAUUUGGGGUAGGGAAAGGUUGCACAAGACUAACACUGAAAUUUCAAAACAGCAGCAGAGUGGAUUUUAAUUUUGUUCAGUGAUGGUAAAUUGUAAUGUGGAGUUUUUUUGGUUUUUUUUUCCUGUAGCUAUUGUGAAUACCCUGCUUUAUGUACACUGUAAUUUUUUAAAUUUUUUUUUUGAAGGGGGGAAAGGACUGGUUGUUCACAUGUCCCUGGCAUCCUUUGAGGGCAGUGUGCAGAAUGUAAUGUUCUUUUUUAAGAUGUAUUUUACGAUUUUUAAAUAAAUUUAGUGAACCUCA